AUGGAAUCGGAUAAACUCAUAAGUACUAUUCGGCCUUCCUUAGUGCCAAGAUCAUCUAAAUUGCAAAAAGACAUCAGAUGCAGUCAACGCCGAUCAACUACAUGUGUGACAUCUAUGCCCAAUAAUACUAAUAAAAAAACAAAUUAUGUACAAUUAUAUAAACCGAUCUAUAUUGCUGAUUGUUGCAGAUCUAUUAAUGCAAAAUGUUCGUAUGAAAAAGGUGAUGAAUUUGAAUUAGUCGCUGAAAUCAAUGAAGAAUACAAACAUUUAAUUCAUUUACGUACAAAUAGUGAAUGUAUAAUAAAUAGACGAAGUUUACAACUUGAUUCGGAAACACCAUUACGUUUAGGUAGUGAUGAUAGAGGUGUUAUACAACGAUGUUUAUUACAAUAUAAUGUACCCGGUGCUUAUCUGAUACGUCGAAGUAAUACAGAGUCGAAUUCAUUUGUUUUAAGUAUAGCUCAAGUAUCUAAUCAGAGACACGCAGAAGAUUGGCAUUAUUUAAUACACACUGAUCCAAUAAGUUAUCGAUUUUAUUUUGCACAAGAAUCAAGAUUACAGAACCUAUCAUUUACGUCAUUUCAACAGCUUAUUCAAGAUGAAAAUGUCCGUAAAUUUAUACCAUUAUCUGAAAUAAUACCGUGCCGAAUUGAAUUUGAGGAAGAUCUAUGGCAUAUACCAACACGUAAUCUAACAUUUCAAUUUCCCAUAGGUAAAGGUGAAUUUGGAGAAGUUUGGCGUGCUCUAUGGAAGCAUGGUCAUCGAUCAAUACCAGUUGCUGUUAAAAAACUAAAUCCAUUACGACAUGAUAAAGCAACAAUAGAUAGUUUUAUUCGUGAAAUUGAAACAAUGAAAACAUUACGAAAUAAUUUUAUUGUUGCUUGUUAUGGUGUUGCACAAGAUAUUAACAAAAAUGAAACUUUACUUAUAACAGAAUUAAUGGAAAAUGGAGAUUUAAAAAAUUGGUUAAAAUUUCAUCAAGAUGUACCUAGUGAAAAUAUUAUCAUCUCUUAUGCAUAUGAUGUAUGCCGAGGAAUGUUAUUUCUCGAACAAAAAUCUUGUCUACAUCGAGAUCUUGCUUGUAGAAACCUUUUGUUAAGUGACGGAGGAAAGACAAUAAAAAUAGCUGAUUUCGGUUUAUCAACUAUUGUUAAUAAAGAUGAUUUUCUGCAACGUAACGAAGUCUAUUCGAAUAAAGUACCUAUUCGUUGGACAGCACCAGAAGUACUUCAAGAUCGAGCAACUUAUUCAAUCAAAUCCGAUGUAUGGUCAUUUGGUAUUGUUCUAAUUGAAAUUUGGUUAAAAGGUGAUGAUCCGUAUCCAGAAGAGAAAAGUUUUGAUUCAAUUCGAGCGCUUGUAUUUUCUGGAUAUGUUCAUCUAAAGCCUUUGAAAUGUUCGAAACAAUUUUAUAAUCGAUUGAUUCUCCCAUGCUUAUAUUAUGAAUCCUAUCAACGACCAAGUUUUAAAACUUUAGGAGAACGUUUAAAUCGAUGGAAUGAAGAAAAAGAUGAAUAUGACCGUUUAAAUCGCCCGUGUGUAAAAGAUGCCUCGUAG